UCUUGUAGCGCGAGUAGGAGAAGAGAGCAGCAGCAGAUAUGGCAGACUACAGCAGCGUGGCUCCUCCGUCCUCUAACGCCGGUGGCGGCAUGAACGACGCUUUCAAAGACGCUCUACAGCGAGCACGACAGAUCGCAGCGAAGAUCGGUGGCGAUGGCGUAGCGGCACCCCCUACAAACGAAUUCGGCUAUGGAGGUCAGAAAAGGCCCCUGGAGGACGCUGGUGGGUAUUUUCCCAUGCCUAACCUGAAUAUCGACCAACCAGAGACGAAGAAAGUGGCUACAAAUGAUGCCUUUUCAGCAAUUGGAGGCAUGGGAGGCCCCCCAAGGUCAACAUCAGAAGAAUUCAAAGUUCCAGAUGGAAUGGUUGGAUUCAUUAUUGGAAGAGGAGGCGAGCAGAUAUCACGUCUUCAGCAGGAGUCUGGGUGUAAAAUACAGAUUGCUCCUGACAGCGGAGGGAUGCCAGAUAGGUCAGUCACAUUAACGGGACCACCAGAAUCAAUCCAGACUGCAAAGCGGCUACUAACAGAAAUCGUCGAGAAGGGACGUCCAGCCCCAGCGUUCCACCACAACGACGGCCCGGGAAUGACUGUCCAGGAGAUUAUGGUCCCUGCUUCUAAAGCCGGCCUUGUCAUUGGAAAGGGAGGAGAAACCAUCAAAAGCCUUCAGGAACGAGCUGGAGUGAAGAUGGUCAUGAUCCAGGACGGACCCCAAAACACAGGCGCAGACAAGCCACUCCGCAUUUCAGGAGAACCCUUUAAAGUUCAGCAAGCCAAAGAGAUGGUGAUGGAGCUGAUCAGAGACCAGGGCUUCAGGGAGCAGAGAGGCGAGUACGGUUCAAGGAUCGGAGGAGGAGACAGCUUAGAUGUUCCCGUCCCACGGUUUGCAGUAGGCAUCGUCAUUGGGAGAAACGGUGAAAUGAUAAAGAAAAUACAGAAUGACACCGGCGUCAGGAUUCAGUUCAAACCAGAUGACGGCAGCACACCAGACAGGAUAGCACAGAUCAUGGGUCCCCCUGAUCAGGCUCAGCAUGCAGCAGAGAUCAUCUCCGACCUGCUGAGGAGCGUCCAGGCUGGAGGACCUCCAGGACACGGGGGCGGCAGGGGACGUGGCCGCGGACAAGGCAACUGGAACAUGGGACCCCCCGGUGGCCUGCAAGAGUUUACUUUCACGGUCCCAACAAUGAAAACCGGCCUGAUCAUUGGUAAAGGUGGUGAGACAAUCAAAGGCAUCAGCCAGCAGUCUGGAGCCAGAAUCGAGCUACAGAGGAAUCCUCCGCCCAACGCUGAUCCCAACAUAAAGAUGUUCACCGUCAGAGGCUCCCCUCAACAGAUUGACUACGCCAGGCAGCUGGUGGAGGAGAAAAUUGGGGGACCAGUCACUCCUAUGGGUGGUCCACAUGGUCCUCCUGGCCCACACGGAGGACCAGGCCCACAUGGUCCUCCAGGACCACCAGGACCCCCCGGAGCUCCCAUGGGUCCAUACAACCCUGGACCAUACAACCAGGGACCUCCAGGACCACAUGGUCCUCCUGCUCCUUACCAGCCUCAAGGAUGGGGCAAUGGCUACCCACACUGGCAGCAGGGACAGCCUGAUCCAAAUAAAGCAGCAGCUGAUGCCAACGCAGCAGCGUGGGCAGCCUACUACGCUCAGUACAGCCAGCAGCCGCAGGCUCCCAUGACCCCGACCAGCGGAGCUCCAGGCACAACUCAAACCAACGGCCAAGGUGACCCACAGGCUGCAGGUCAGAGUGGACAGGCAGAUUACACCAAGGCCUGGGAGGAAUAUUACAAGAAAAUGGGUCAACAGAGUCAACAACCUCAGGACUACACAAAAGCCUGGGAGGAGUAUUACAAGAAACAAGGUCAAGCAGCCCCUCAGGCUGCAACGGCGGCGGCGGCAGCCUCUCAGCCCGGAGGCCAGCCGGACUACAGCGCUGCCUGGGCGGAGUACUACCGACAGCAGGCUGCAUACUACGGCACGGCCAACCCUCAGUCGAUGGGUGCAGCACCACAAGCCCCUCAGGUUUCCACAGGGCUCCAGUGACUGCAGCAGCUGCUCAAACUUAACCAAAAACUACUUUCCUCCCUACACAGGUUUUUAGCUUUUUAUUUUGGGAAGCUGAGUCCACUGUUUCUGCUGUUAACAUGCAAUGUAUCUUCUAUGUAUUUCUUCUGCACAGGGCCAGUAAUGUGAAGUGGACAUAAAGUAAAUGCUACAUUGUCGAAACAAAAUCCUUUGUUAAAUGUUUGGAUGCAGACGCCUUGAUGAAGAUCUUAAAUUUCCUUGGUUUGAAAGUGUUUCACAUAGAUGGCAGAUUACCCGGCGAACACGUCCUCCUUGAUUUUUUCUUUUUUUGUUGUUUUUCUUUUUCUUGUAAAUGCUUUUGUUUUUAGUGAGGUAAUUAUACAUAUGGUCAUUCCAGCCCUGUAUUCUACAUUAAAUGUGGUUAGAACUCAUGUUUAUUAAACUGUAGACAUUACCAUGUAAAUCAUCUCAGUUUUAAAAUGCUCUUUGCCUGUUGUGUUUUUGCAAUAAAACAAACUGAAACCUCCUGUGUUGGUAAGUUGGGGUGGUUUUAAAACCAAGAGGGGGUGGAGAUGAACUUCUGUAUGCUUUUGUUAUUUUACGGGAGGGGAAACUGUUGAACUGCAGGCCAUGUGUGGGGUUUUAAUUGUCCAAAAAUGGUUGACUCCAAGUUGUUGCUGUCCUGUCUCUCUCCAACUGUCUAUAAGGCUCUUAGAUAAUAUUUGCGUGCAAUGAUCCUGAACGGUUCAGACCAACAAACGUCCUUGUUGAUAGACGAUUUUUUUUUUAAUACACUCCCUGUUUCCUGACUUUAGCAGUAGACUGUUUGACAUGAGCAAGUUGCCAGGUAUCUGUGUAUCGCAUCCCAUGCAUUAACUGCGUUGCUGUGGCUCUUUCUUUAUUUACUGUUGCCUCGUUUGCUGACAUUGUUGAGGUAGUAUGCACUGUAUUUUGCCUUGAUAUAGUCACUUCCUCCUCCACAGGCAAGUUUAGAAAAGCGGUAAGCAAGUACUCUUCUCAUGUUCCUCAGACAAACGUGGUUCCAAGAAAUGUUGCAUAUUUUUAGUGUUAUAUAUAUCUAUAUAUCUAUAUUUUUGUGCUGUUCUUUUUCCAGGACAGUCAGGUAAAAAAACCAAAACAAAUUGCCACUGUAUCAGAAAUGCAUUGAAACUUUUGUCUUGCCCAAUUGUGAACUAACUCACAUGUAUAAAUUUGUUUUUUUUAAAAAGAAUGUUUUUUUAAUAUAAAAACAUUGCAAAAAAAAAGUUUUUUUUGCUGUGCCCAUUCUGUUAGUGUUUAUCCAGUAUAAGAACGUAGAUGUUGUAGGCUCGGGGGUGGCUAAGCAGUCUUCAUCCUUCAGUUGAGCCCUCCUGUAAUGUAAGUACACUUUGAGAAAUACACGCCUUUUUUUUCUCGAUGCUUUAUAAAUUGCAAAACAUGUAGUACAUAUAUAUCUAUUUUUUGUCACAUAUUGCCAUUUUCCCCUUUGUCUUGGGUAAGUAUGAAAUGUUCUGAGGAGAGGCAUAGUGCUUUAGACUCUGAUGAUUCUUGUACCACAUGUUUCUGAGACUUAUCUCCCCCUUUGUGACUGCACAACAUUCAGCCUCUGAGUCUCCACAGUAUGCUGUAGUGUUUGUGUAGGUAGCAUUUCAGUCGGAUUUCUGAACUGAGGGUUUGAAUGUCAGCACUCUGAUACACUGCUGGUAGGAACUGUUUUAAGGAUGUCCAUGUUGGUUGUAUUUUUUGCGUUGUGAUUAUCUGACCUGCUAAGUGCCAUUGUGUAGUCGAUGUGUUUUCUUUUUAAAAAGAAAAAUGCCAUUCAUUGCAACGCUAGAAAACUCCUACUGCAUAACUCCAGCGUAGCAUGCUUAGGUUUCUUGCUGAUAAUUUCUUUAAUGUCCUACAUGAGCAUGUGGAAUGCUAGUAGUGGAAGUGCUUUCUGACUAGCUCAGUAUUGAUUUUUUUAAAACAAUGAUUCUGAAUGAGCACUGUUGUUGAAAGGCUGUUGAUAUUUAAGGUUUCGAAAAAGCAAAUCUUAUUUUUUUGACUGCAUUGUUCACUGAUGGCAAACAGUGCGAUUAUAUCUGAUCUUUGCAGUGUCGUCCCAGACCUUGCACCUUAGGUUCUGCUGCAAUAACACAGGUAAGCGCAACCUAAGGAAACCAGUGUUUUUGUCCAGUGACAUGACCAAUAUUACAUGCAAAGAAAAUGCUUACCUGUGUCGUUAACAAUGCAUUUAGUCGUUAAAGAAAUGUCCAGGAUUAUCAGCCCUUUUUUUUUUUUGUCUUUUUUAAAAGAUGCUUUCAUGAAUGAACUGCAUGAUAUGAGCUGUUUCACUUGUUACAUGACCCCAGGAAAAAAAAAGGUUGUUGCAUUAGGAGGAAAUGUUGUGCUUAAUAUUUGAUGAUAGCCUUAUUCUUUGCACCCGGUAAGUCUGACAAGCGACUGUAUAUCGAUGCUUUUAGUGGUGUAACAAACUGCAUGCCUGUUGCCAGAAGUUAGCAAUGUGCUCAGGUUUUUAAAACACAAAACGGUGAAAUACAUGAUUUUUUUUUUUGAAGUACAUUUUUCUGUCGUGGUGUGAAUCUGCCCUCAAGUGCAGUGCAAAUCUACUAUUGAAACGCUGCUGCCUUCACUUCUCGCUCACAGUGUUGGAGGAUGCUGCAGGCUUAGGUCGUAGAAUCAGGCCGUGUCGUAGUUUGUCCCCAAAAGGAGGAAUCCUUUGAGUCAAUCCCACUGCUGAACGUAGACCGUUCAAGAGCUCCAGUGAUAAGGUAACAAAACAGCAACGCAAUGAAAUUCAAAUUCUGUGAUUGCAAAAAAAAAAGAAAAAUUGAGUGUUGGUCAGAUACAUGUUUUUCUAGCCCGGAUUGUUGUUGUUUUAAUCAUGAUAGUGUAUCCAGAGCUGUCUGAUGGCUGUUUGUUUCAUCGUGUCACUGCCUUCAUGAAUAACUUUUAGUCACGAACAGGAAUGUGCUUUAGAAAGUUGGACGAGGACAGGAACUGAUAUACUGGCAGUAAAAUUUGGGAUUAGCAGUUGUUUUAUUUUUUUUUAAAGAUCACUUUUCUCUGUAGUUACAAAGGUCACACUGUUUUGUUUGAGGCUAUUCACUCUGUACAUGUGAGAUGCUCAGUGUUUCAACACAGAGUUCGAGGGGGUGUAGAAGACAAAACAAGGAGCAUGCCUUAGAGGUAAACAAGGUUUCAUGUGCUGUGUAUAUUAAAUCUAUUGGUUUGUUUUUUUUGAAUUAACUGUUCUGACUUCUAAAAUGUUGCCAUGUUCAUUAAUAAAGUUGUAACUAAUAAACUGGA